CAUUGCACAGCCACAACCGCCACUGCCACCGCCGCUGACCACGCUGUCCGUGCUCCACUGCGCGCCGUAAGCCAUUUUCGUCCAGCACUCGCUGACUCGAGCUCACCGCGUUUCGUUCUCGUAAGUCGCCCGUAAGACGCCCGAGAGGCAUCGUGCUCGUCGCCAGUCCGCCAGCAAAUCUCCGUCUGCUUCGCCGCUCUCUCUCGUCACCAAGCAUUAGGCGCUCAUCCACUCAGGCACCACUCUCCGCUCUCGGCGCGUUCAGCGCCGCCUGGGUUAUCUCUUUUGACAGUCUCGCCACGGGCGCUAUUCUUAUUCUAGCACGGCAAGUGUAGCUUCGCAGAGGGAGCUUCCUUCCCCGGUGUCGCGGUCCCGUAGACUCGGCACCUUUUAUAUAGCUCAAAGGUAGAUUCAGGAUGAAUCGCAUAUUCGGCGUGAAGAAGGAUAAGAAGCCGGCACCGAGCCUCACUGAAGCGACAGAAAGAAUCAAUGCGCGCGGCGAGUCGCUGGACGACAAGAUCCGCAAGCUAGAGGCAGAGCUCGUGCGGUACCGCGACCAGAUCAAGCGCACGCGCCCCGGACCCGCGCAGGAGGCGCUCAAGGCGCGCGCCAUGCGCGUGCUCAAGCAGAAGAAGAUGUUGGAGGGGCAGAGGGACAACCUGUACAACCAGAGUUUCAACAUGGAGCAAGUGGCGUUCGCACAAGAAGGAAUCAAGGACGCGCAGGCCACGGUGGCGGCGAUGAAGGCGGCGAACAAGGAGCUCAAGACGCAGAUGAAGUCCGUCAAGAUAGAGGACAUCGAUAGCAUGCAGGACGACAUGUUCGACCUGAUGGACUACAGCAACGAGAUCCAGGAUGCGCUGGGGCAGUCGUACGGCGUGCCCGAGGACAUCGACGAGGACGAGCUGCUCGGAGAGCUGGACGCGUUGGAGGCGGACAUGGGCACGGAGACAGCAAGCGACUCCGUGCCGUCGUACCUGCUGCCCGACGCGGAGCCCGAUGUGGCGGAGGCCGACGCCGACCUCUUCCUGCCCUCCGCUCCCACCGCCAACGCCGCCUCCGCUGCUCCGGUGGCGGAGUCGGCGCGCCCUCUGCGCACAUGAGCGUGCUCUUCCCACGCACACAUGCCCCUCCCGUUCGUUGCCAAGAUGCUUACACUUGCCCACCCGCCAAAGAGCACAGAUAUGGAAGAUUACACUGGUGGAAUCCUUACAGCACCUGUGACGAGCACCCUUAACCCGCCAAGCGUUGUGGGAGUUGUGCUAGGUCGGUGUGACGAGAAGUUGACAACCACGCCUUGUGGUCCAUAAAGAAAGACUCCAGCGCACACGCUAUCCUCCUGCUUUGAUUUGGUAGCUAUUGAGAGCCCGCGAAGUUGGUAGAUAUCCGUUGAGAAGGACGGGACAAGAUGCAGUGAUUGGAUGAGGUAGGUAGGUUAGUCUUAUGAACAGAUCUGGUAGUGUUUGUUCUACAUACCCUGUAAGUAAUUAAACAGUGAAGUGCAAUUCGACGGUGUUGCAAUAACGGAGAUGCAGCUCG